GUCGUAAUUUUAGACUGUGAAUCUUUCUAGAAUACUAAAUAAGUGAUUCAUAAUCCUGCCCGAAUCUUUCCGUCUCAAUCAAAUUAUAUUUUACAUUGUUCAACAUGGAAACGAGAUAUGUUGAAACUACGGAUCAAGUUAAUGUUACAAUAAAACAUCCUAUUAAAGUCGUACAUUUUAGUGAUGGCAUUGAAGAAGAAAUCGAAGAGGUGAAUACUAAUGAAUUAGCAACUGCGCCUAAUAAUGAAGACAGCGUUGAUCCGAAAACUCUAACAUGGGGCCCGUGGUUCUCACAUUAUGCUAAGAAAUCGGGAUCAAAAGUAUUAGGUGCUGUGGAUUAUGCAGGAGAAUCGCUUGCAAACUUCUUUGGCAUUACUACUCCAAAAUACCAAAUUGAGGUAGAUGAAUAUGAAAGAAUAAAGGAAGAAAAGAAAAAAAUGGAGGAGGAAUCCGUAGGAUGGGUGCCUAAGAAUAGUGGGGGCAAUAUACCAUUAGUAUUGAAUGAACCAUUAAGAGAAACAAAUAUUAACACCUAGUUCUCUUAAAUUAACCAUUAGCAUAACACUUAUGUAUAUCAAAAUAGUGGAUCCAGUAUUUUCAUUGAAAGGAGUAAUAAAUAAGGGGGUAUGUUUAAAAGUAUGAUGUGAUAGAGUAUCUAUUUUUUAACAUAACUUUAACACAUUCUAUGCCACCAGAAUUUUUUCUUAUAAAACUGAAGUUGACAGUUAAGGAUACUGAAUGUGUUAAAAAUUGCUACACUAAAAUUAAGUAAGAUGUGCGAACAAAUGUUUGGUUCUGCCAAAAAAUAAUUGUAAUAAUGGUGACUAAUGAUAUUGAUUGAAACAAUGAAGUUACAAAGAAUGUGUAGUAUGGAGUGUUUCAAUUGUUUUCGUGGAUGACCUUGAGCUGUGUGAGUCCCUCUUAAAAUUAUGUUCUGCAAAGCCACUUACAAUGUUUUGAGAUGCCAAG